AUGGCAGACGUCGAGGACGAUCCCCUGGCCAUUAUCGACGAAUCCUUUGCGUCCAUUAUCGACGAAUCCUUUGCGUCGCCUCCGUUCCGUGGCGACAACGACGGCAAGGAAGCCGGCGCCAAAGCCGACCGGGCGAAAAGCUACCAGAGCCCCGCCACUGCCGCGCCGAGGACGUCUGUCAGCGCCGCAUACCGUGCUCUGCCAGCAGCGCCGAACAAACCCAAGCAAAACACGGGCAAGGCAGCUCCAGUCACCACUUCUGGCGCGGCCAAGCGCCCACAGCGCGCCAUACUGUCGCCGAGCCCACCGCUGUCGCCGAGCGCACCGAACACUCUGGACAUGGCCAUAAGCCAACGGCCCUCCAUACUGUCUCCUAGUCCGCCUUCCUCGCCGAGAAUGUUCGGCGGCGCCACAUACCGUGCGCUGCCAGGAGUACCCACCAAACCCAACAACCACACUCGCAGCGCAGCUCCCGUCACCUCUUCCGGGCGACCACCAUACACCUGGUCGCUGACGCUGAGCCAAGCGGAGGCUCAGGACGUUUUUGACCGGUGCUUCAAUGCGUUGUACGGACCGGCCCAAGGGGGUGUUAUGGACCAGGACUACAGCAGUAAGGAGAAGGCGAUCCAGACGAGCGACUUCAAGAAAGAGGUUGAGCAAGAGUUCGAAGAAUACUGGGGAGGCCCUCUUCCCAAGCGGUUCUGGCGGGAGCACAAGCGUCCAACUGCGGCGUCGAAGGGGGAGGUGGCACUGGCGGCGUUAGACGCCUUCAUCCUCAGCCUCCCUUCCCGUCAUCCGGGAGAGGACAUCAAGAAGAAGCUCAUCGAGCUCUCCAAGCUUAUCCGGGGGGCGGAAGUGCUCAAGCAGAAGGCAGAGCUACUCCGCAAGAUGUCCCAGAGAGACAAGCCCGUCGUGAAGACCGAGGAUGGCGAGCCCGACAACGCACAUCAAUCCGACCAGAAGGCAAAGAAGACUCGAGUGCGCUGA